UUUCAGAAGUUCGGCUGAAGAAUUUGAUGAUAGGUCGGGUCGAAGAAGGAUCCGAGCGGCGGAGGGGGUCGAAGAUGCAGGUUGGGUCGCCGGAAUCGGAAGAUAUUGAGGAAAAUCUGUUGGUACUUGGUUCUGUCACCAUACGAUCCAAUGCAGUCAAGCCUUCUUAAUUCCACCCUGGAGGAUAAGAAUCUUUCAGAGAUUCCAAAUUUUAGGUUACUUUUGAAACAAGUGGUAACCAUGGAGGUCAUACAAUGGACCACACUCUGGAAUAAGUUCAACGAUGAGUUUGAGAAUGAGAAGAACAUGCUUGGAGGCUCUUUGGGUGACAAAGCAGCUGAAGAUCUAAAGCAGAGGAUAAUUGAACAUAAUAUUCUAGUUGUUUCAAAGUAUUACUCGAGGGUUACUUUGAAGAGACUUGCAGAGCUGCUCUGUCUAAGUAUCCAGGAAGCUGAGAAGCAUCUUUCAGAAAUGGUUGUGUCCAAGGCGCUGGUGGCCAAGAUUGACAGGCCAAUAGGCAUAAUUUGUUUCCGAACUGCGAAAGAUAGUAACAACGUUCUUAAUUCGUGGGCUACAAACUUGGAGAAGCUGCUUGAUCUUGUUGAGAAGAGCUGCCACCAAAUACACAAAGAAACAAUGGUUCACAAGGCAGCUCUGAAGGUGUGAGAAGGCUUAUGUCGCACGUCUUCAGUCUUUUCGUGACCAAUGAUGCUCUUAAACCAUUGUCGCGGUUUCUAUUCCAUGGACUAAAGAGUUAUCGGAUUCUAGUAAUCAAUCUUUGGAAGACUGGGCUUUUCUCUAUUAGGGAAGAGGGUUGGUAAAGUAUAUGUAUCAAGUUGUUUGUUUUAUUAGAACUAAAUUCCUCGUUGUAUACUCGCACAUACCUUUGGUGUGCCAGCAGGCAACAAAAAGAUUUCUUGUAGUUUUCUUUUCUCGUAAAAUUGAUAGGAUUAGUUAAGGACUUUCUAAUAAACGGUAUGGGAGAUCAAUUUUUU